AUGGAGGAAACACUGGGCAUAGUCCCCAUUCAUUGGUUUGGCUUCGGCUAUGCAGCACUGGUUGCUACUGGUGGGAUCAUUGGCUAUGCAAAAGCAGGCAGCGUCCCAUCCCUUGCUGCUGGACUCCUGUUUGGAGGGCUAGCCGGCCUGGGUGCCUAUCAGCUUUCUCAGGAUCCCAGGAAUGUUUGGGUUUUCCUAGCUACAUCUGGGACCUUGGCUGGCAUUAUGGGAAUCAGAUUCUACAACUCUGGAAAAUUUAUGCCUGCAGGCUUAAUUGCAGGUGCCAGUCUGCUGAUGGUUGCCAAACUUGGAGUUAAUAUGCUCACUAGACAUCAAUCAUAG